AGCAAGUUCGGUGGCGUGUACUUUAGAAAAUAAAUGAAGAUAACUAGAAAAUAAGUAACGUGGAACCUUCCAAGGGAGCUGCAGGCCGAAUCAAAAACAUACGAAGAAACAUGGCGCGCUCCACGAACAACGCUAGCAAUAACACGCCAAAAACGGCCAAAGCCGCUGCAGCUGCUGCCGCCGCGCAAGCCGCAGCACAAGCGACCGCAAAACAAAAGCGGACCAGCUUUAAUUUAUCCUCAAAACUGAUGCUGGAUAAAUGGAAAACAUUGAUUGGUUGUGUGUGUUUGGCAAUUGCCUCGUAUUUUGGCUACCUUGGCUAUUUGGAAACGCGGGUGAAUACGCCGUUCGAUAAUCAGAAAAUGGUGCUGCGCACCGGUCUCGAUGAUCCGGAACGGUAUUGGGGCUCCUAUCGACCGCUAACGUACUUUGGCAUGAAGACACGCGAUCCACAUUCCUUAGUCAUGGGGCUGAUGUGGUACACGCCCAGCAAUUUGGGCCACGGCGGCCAUGGCAUACGCCAUUGGUGUGAGCAGGGUGAUAAGUUAGAUGGGUACGGCUGGACGCAUCAUGAUGGACGUUCGUUUGGUGUGCAGGAGAUACAAGAUCUGCCCUUCGUACUAAAGACGUCGUUCGUCAAGUAUCCGGGAGGCAAGCAGUUCGGUGGCGAUUGGACGGCGCGCAUCUCCGUAAAAAAUACAACGCGUGCUUGGGAUCGCAGCAUCUCGUUAAUCUGGUAUGUGGCAUUAGAUGAGCGCACCAAUGGCCACAUCAAGUACGUUUCGGAUGAGAAGAGCCCGGAGCCAGGUGUUUAUGGUGAGACGCAAGGAUUGGGCGAGUUCCAGGUCCGUUUCCAUGCCGUCAAGGGCAAGAUACUGCAUAAAUCCUACUUGAGCACCGUAGCGCCAUCCCUCAGUAAGUUAAAGGAGACGGUUUUCGCGCACUUUCGUGCGUUCGCCGAUAAGCGGGGUAAUCGCUUUAUUGGAUUGCCCGGCGAGAUUAUUUCACAGAAUGGUAUCCCCACAAAGGGCCACGAACCGAACUUCAUCGCCAUACAAAUAACAGCCGAGGUGGAUUUUACACUGGAUAUAACAUACCAAUCGACAUCGGGAUUUGCCUUGGGUGAUUCAAUACCCAAACCGCCAACAGCACGCGAAUAUACCGAAUCGUUACAGGCCAAGCUUCAGGAGUUUGAUCAACGCUUUGAGAAAGCAUUUCAAUUGCGCGCCAAAGGCUAUUCGCUCGAGGAAAUACGAUUUGCAAAGUCCGCUUUUAGCAAUAUGAUUGGAGGGAUUGGUUAUUUUUAUGGAGCAAGUCGUGUGCAAUCUGUGCAUACAAAAAAUCCCGUGCCCUAUUGGAAAGCACCGCUCUAUACAUCAGUGCCAUCACGCUCCUUCUUUCCUCGCGGCUUCCUCUGGGACGAAGGUUUCCAUGGACUCCUUAUAUCUUCUUGGGACCUAGACAUUGAGCUGGACAUUAUUUGCCAUUGGUUUGAUUUACUCAAUGUAGAGGGCUGGAUACCACGCGAACAAAUCCUAGGCGUUGAGGCACUAGCCAAGGUGCCUGAGGAGUUUGUCACUCAACGCAACACAAAUGCCAAUCCACCCACAUUUUUCCUUACACUGCGGAAGCUACUAACCCAGCAUAGGCAACAGCUUGCGGUAAAGGGACGCCUUGCCACUCUGGAGCGACUCUAUCCACGACUGCAGGCCUGGUUCUCAUGGUUCAAUACCACCCAACGAGGUGAUGUGCUGGGCACCUACCUAUGGCGUGGACGUAAUGCUACCACGUUACGCGAAUUGAAUCCGAAGAGCCUGUCCUCCGGCCUCGAUGACUUUCCACGUGCUUCGCAUCCGACAGAUCGGGAACGACACGUGGAUCUGCGUUGCUGGAUUGCACUCGCCGCCAGCGUAAUGGCAGAGCUAUCGACCCUGCUGGGCAAAGACGACGUAAAGUACUAUGAGACGGCCUCGUAUCUGACAGACAACACGUUGCUCAAUCGCAUGCAUUUGGAUCCGUACACCGAACGCUAUGCAGACUGGGGUCUUCAUACGGAUUCGGUCGUUUUGAAGGUACCUCCGGUGACCCAGAAGAGCGCACACAGCCGCAUUCCGCCGCCGCAGCCAGAGAAGCAACGCUUUACGCUCAAGCAGCCGGAUUACAAAUUUGUCGGCACUACCUUUGGCUACGUAAAUCUGUUCCCACUUCUUCUGGAACAAUUGGAACACGAUUCCCCCUACCUGACGAAGAUGUUGCGCGAUAUGCGCGACCCUGAACUGCUCUGGACCAAUUACGGACUUCGUUCGUUGUCCAAGCACUCGCCGCUGUAUAUGAAACGCAAUACGGAACACGAUCCUCCGUAUUGGCGCGGCCCCAUCUGGAUAAAUAUUAAUUACUUGGCGGUGAAGGCUUUGCGCCAUUAUGGAAAAAUUGAGGGUCCCAAUGCGGCGCAGGCGCGAGAACUGUACGGCGAACUGCGCGAGAACCUAGUGCGAAAUAUAUUCAAGCAAUAUCAGCGCACAGGCUAUAUUUGGGAGCAGUACGAUGAUACGACAGGCGAGGGCAAGGGCUGUAAUCCUUUCACCGGCUGGAGUGCCCUAGUUGUCCUGCUCAUGGCUGAACAGUACUAAGGACUCGUCCUCAACUAUCGUCUCUCAUUGCCAACUGCAUUCUUUAAGCUGCUAUGAGUUCUUGUGAUAAACCCACACAAACAAAUUCUCACUUUGUUCCGGAGCUUGUGUUUAUGACUGCAUUUUAGCACCAGCAACAAGAACAACAUAAACAACAUAAGCUAACAAACAACAAUUGUCAAUGAUCUGCAUAGAUAUACAUAUAUGUACCUUUACUGUAGAUGUAGAGCUACAUGCUAAUAAUAUUUAAAUAACUGUGUCUAUGUUAAUGUUUUUAGUAGCGAUUCCUGUCAACAAACAUAACGAAAGCAACCUAAGAGAAUGGGCUCUAGCUCGUUCGCCAAACUGUACAAAUUGAACAAAGAACGAAAUAAAUUCUAGCGUUAAUAGACGAAUUUUAAAAUUAGAA